AUGUGGGUUCGCUCAAUAUUUACACAAUUGCAAAGACAUUUGCAAGGAGACAGUGACAAUCUGACCAUAGAAAUGCAGCUACAAGAUCAGGAAAUGUUCUACAAUUAUUGUAGAAUGUCUGUAGAAAUGUUUGAUCAAUUACUAAGUAUUGUUGGGCCUCUUCUUGAAAAACAAAAUGUUGUUCGAGAACCAAUAUCGGCUCGCACACGACUUCUAGUAUGUUUGCGUUACUUAGCUUCUGGUGACAGUAUGGCCUCAAUAUCCUAUGCAUUUAGGAUUGGAGUAAACACUGUUUCAAAAAUUGUUUCUGAAACAUGCGAAGCAUUGUGGAAUUCUCUUCACGAAUCUGUAAUGCCACCACCAAAUGAAGAGACUUGGUUGAGAAUCGCGAGUGAAUUUGAGAAAAAAUGGAAUUUCCCGCAUUGUAUAGGUGCGAUAGAUGGGAAGCACGUUGUAAUUCAGGUCAAAUUUUUUCUGGAAUAUAUUUGCUGUUUAUUUGUAUUGUAA